AAGAUCUACUCACAUAUUUUGGUACAGCCCAAUGUGGGUUCAUGACCCAGCAGUUCGUGGGAUUCCGUCUAUGUGGACAUUGGACAAGUUUCUCACGACUUGAACACGAUUUGUGUGCCAGCCUUGCGUUUCAGUUUGUCUGGACACGUGCCACAGUGUGAAGUGGCAUCCUCAGUGUUAAGUCUUUGCAAGAGACUGAUUAUGUCCAGUUCAUCGAUGCUACACUUGCUGCGAUUGGUCGAACAAGACCACAUCCACAUCACUGAUGCCAACCAUGUUGAGCAGGUCCUGUCCAACCUCGUGGCAGCAGGGAAGCAGAAGUUGCGUGUCAUCAGCGAUUUCGACCAGACUCUCAGCCGGUACGCAGUGGACGGUGUGAGGUGUCCGAUGAGUCAUGACGUCAUCGCUCAGUCCAGCCUUAUGUCUGAACAAACCCGGGUGAAGGUGAAAAAGGUGGUGGAUUAUUAUUACCCAAAAGAGAUCUCCCUAACCAUCCCUAUGUCAGAGAAGGUUCAGCUGAUGGUGGAUUACUGGACUCAAAUCCACGACAUCUUCCUGGCCUCUGAUCUGAACCAACAGGACAUCUCAUCCACCAUACACAGUAACAGCCCACCCCUACGGGAAGGCUACGACGCUUUCAUGAGCGCGCUUCACCAACACGACAUCCCGCUGCUCGUGUUUUCGGCCGGGCUCGGAGACGUCAUCCAAGAGAUGUUUGCCAAGUACAGCGUCGUGUAUCCAAACUGCCGCGUCGUCUCGAAUUUCAUGAAGUUUGACGACGCAGGGAAGCUUGUCGGCUUCCAUGAUCCAUUGAUCCACAUCUUCAACAAGAACAAGAGCGUGCUGCCAGACGAGAGCUACUUCACUGAGCAACGCAAGCGCACAAAUGUCAUUCUUCUCGGAGAUUCACCGGGAGAUCUACAAAUGGCAGACGGCGUGCCAAAUGUAGAGAACGUGUUGAAGAUAGGGUACCUGAACGCCCAUCUGGAGAGACUGGACCUGUUCACAGAGCUGUAUGACAUUGUGCUUGUUGAGGAUGAAACCAUGGAUGUGGUGAACUCAAUACUGCAGAAGAUCAUAGAUCCUUCCUGCUAAGAAAAUGGUGCAAUCUUUAUGGUUUUACAUAUUAACUAAAAUGAUUUUUCACUUUUGGAAAUAAGACAUUUUUGUACUCAUACAUGUAUGCUUAUAUUAUAUACAAGAAAUAUGUAUGACAAUUUCAGUCAAGGCCAUGUCUUGAUAUAGAGGUCCCAUUUUCACAAGCUUGGUUUGUCUAUUGCGACAGAA